UGCCGCCGGAGGGCGCUCCACCGCGCGCCUGCGACCGCGCGCAGCUGCGUUACUACGGGGGCCGGAAGGAGCGGAAAACAAACGGCAGCGCGCGGAAGGGCGGCAUGGCUGCUGGCGGAGCGGAUGAUCCGUCCCUAGAGAGGCAUUUCAAAGGCCACAGAGAUGCUAUCACUAGUGUGGACUUCAGUCUCAAUAAGAAACAAUUGGCGAGUGGCUCAAUGGAUUCAUGCCUGAUGAUCUGGAGUAUGAAACCUCAGAUGAGAGCCUAUCGCCUUGUGGGCCACAAAGAUGCAGUGAUGUGUGUUCAGUUUUCCCCUUCUGGCCACCUCGUAGCUUCGGGCUCCAGAGACAAAACUGUCUGCUUAUGGGUUCCCAGUGCCAAAGGAGAAUCUACUGUGUUCAAGGCUCACACAGCAACUGUGAGAAGCGUUCAUUUCUCCAGCGAUGGCCAGUCCUUAGUUACAGCUUCUGAUGACAAAACAAUCAAAGUGUGGACAGUUCACAGGCAGAAGUUUUUGUUCUCACUCAGUCAACACAUAAAUUGGGUUCGUUGUGCCAGAUUCUCUCCUGAUGGACGACUAAUAGCAUCAGCCAGCGAUGAUAAAACUGUCAAACUGUGGGAUAAAACUAGCAGAGAAUGUAUACAUUCCUUUUGUGAGCAUGGGGGGUUUGCAAAUCACGUGGAGUUUCAUGGCAGUGGUACGUGCAUUGCUGCAGCUGGUACAGAUAACACAGUGAAGGUGUGGGAUGUUAGGAUGAACAGACUCCUCCAACAUUAUCAAGUGCACUCUGCUGCAGUGAACAGUCUGUCCUUUCACCCCUCUGGGAAUUACCUGAUUACUGCUUCCAAUGAUUCAACUCUCAAAAUUCUGGACUUGCUCGAAGGAAGACUUCUGUAUACUCUUCAUGGUCACCAGGGUCCAGCCACCUGCGUAGCAUUCUCCAGAACUGGAGACUUCUUUGCCUCUGGAGGAUCUGAUGAGCAGGUGAUGGUAUGGAAGACUAAUUUCAAUGCAGCAGAUUACGGCGAAGUUCUGAAAUCUCACAAGUCUGGUGCUGAUGUGGAUGGGACCCAUCACAGUCUGCCAUCAGAAAUGGAUUGUGGUGUUCAUCUUAAGAAAACAAAAUCUCAGGAUACUGGUAGGAACCAUGAACGGCCAGAGGAGGAUGUCCAUAUUGCAGAUACCUUGGAACAUAUUAUAGGACAGCUGGAUGUUCUGACUCAGGGAUGUGAGAAGUGGGGAGAAGGCAUGGGGUGGUGUAAACACCAUUGAUCUGCAGAGCACAACGUCAUCAGAAGGAAGAAAACUGCAUGGGAGUUCUUUUCUGUGAGUUGGAAUGUUGUUUCUGGGGAAGAGCAAGCAGAUGUUUAACACUGAAUAUUGAACACUUGAGUUACUGGUUUGAGUUGGCUCUUUUUUCUUCAGAGAAGUACGUGUUAUCCACAAAGAAGUUUAGGAUGAUGCACUGGAGUACCCAACAAGUACUGAAGCACAGCUGAUUUGGGGAUAUAAAGCAUUGUAGGACUACAGGCAGUCUAAAAUAGAGUGAAAGCCAAAAGAUAUUGAAAUUCGUUUGGCAGAAGUGCAAGAAAACACUUUUCUAUAGUCUUUAGAAUCUUCACUGGAGGGAGAAAGCUCUUCUAUGACAUUGGUUCUGUGUUUUUAUGAUAAAGUACAACCUAGUACAUGCACAAAAUAUCUUACUGUUUUUGUCUCUGUAGUAAGUUUGGAUUGUGAUAUUCAUCUUUAAUUAAACAAAUCAGAUCCAUGGUCCUGAUGAAGUUUGUGUAAUGUCUUCUUUUCAACUUCAUAGGUACUUAGAGGGAGCAAAUAUUGCAGUAUGUGGGGUUUAAACUAGAUAAAAGCAAUGCAGACAUCUCUGCAAGUCGUUGCAUAACUGAAAAAAAAAUAAAUCAAAAUGCUAUUUUAAACCUAGCAAAAAGAGAGUGAAGUGGAGAUCACUGGGGGAGGAAUGAAUUAGGAGGUUUUAGGAUAACGUUGAAACUAGCCCUGAAAUUAUAGUGUAAGGAAAAAAAAAAGAAAAAAAAAGAAAAAAAAAAAAAGUAGAAGCUGCUUUGAGUAAUUGUGCAUUCAGCAACCUUUCAGCUGUAGUUUUUUGCCAUCUGUACAGUACUUUGUUAUCCUUUGAUUCUAGUCUCUUGUAUUUUGUUUUAACACCAUGCGUAUGCACAAGUAAAUGUACCCAACGUGUUGUUCACAUGGUUUCAUAAUUCUUCAUUAUAAUUGUAACGUUGUAAUAUUUAGAAGUGAAACAAGUCUGCACAAAACUGUCAAGCUUAUGCAAAUGAACGUGGAAGAAUCCCUUGUGUUUGGAGUAGGAGAGGAGAUUCCUGAAGGAGGAGGAGCACAGGUGCAGUUAGCAGGGCAAAGAAACAGAAGGUAACAAAAAGGAACCUGCUUGUGGAGCUGCACUUUUUUUCCUUCUCCUUAUGGGCAUGCUGUGCAGGUGAGUUACAACAGCAGGGAGCACAGAGCCCUCGAAGGCACCUUUAUCACCUCUUUCAAUCUUUUAUCACCUGGUCAGUGCCAAUUAAGUGUUGUCCAGGAGGGACCACAACAUGCUGGUUGCUAGCUGAGAUCUGCAGAGGAGACAGCAGCAGUGACUGUUGGAUGGUUGUCUUUGUUGGCUGUUCCUUUCAGAGCCUGACAGAGCAUUGCUUCCUGCACAUUGCAGGCUCAAGCUAAUGCAUAUUUUUACAGUUUCUCCAGCUUUGGAGUUGGUGACUUCUUUCUGUGAAAGGACACCACUGCUUCUUUUAAAAAAUGCUUUCACAAAUAAACAGCAAAAAGUCUUUGUGAAGAAAUAAGGCAUCACAGGCUUCAUCAUUUUUCUCCCUUCAAGAAAGGCUGAGGCUAUACCAGUAGUCUCCCAGUGCUCUGUUAAAAGUCAUUGCUACAUAAUGCCUGAGCAUUGCUCACUUAAAGAUAACACUAACAGCAUCAGUGGGUUGAUAUUUUGAAGCUGUUUUCUUAGCUGAAGAGAAAGGACAGGCACACCUCACCAGCACCCCAAAAAUAUUUCCAGGCAUUUUCUAUUGAUGUAGCUAUCCAUGAGUUCACCAAGAAUUUUGGGUUGGUUGGCGGUGCGGGAGCUUGGGUGCGUUUCUGUUGUGACACCUUGAGUUCCUGCUCUCUGUGCUUAUCAGAGUUUCCAGCACUGUAUCAAUUUAGUGUGGGGGGAACUUGAAGUUGUGAUAAACUACUCUGCAAAAAUAUGCAAACGUAAAAUUAAUCUGUUGAGUCUGUCGUUUUUGUAGCAUUUCCUUAGCUAUCAUUUCAAGGUUUAUUGCGGUAAAGAGAGGGAAGGAGAAAAAUUGUCUGCUAAAAGUGGUAAUAGCAAGAAAUCAUCUGAGCACUGUCAUCUCCUGCUGGCACACAGCUUCGUUCUGCGCCACACGCUUGAAGCUGCAUUGUCUGCUGCUCAUCCAUUACCAACGCCUUCACUCUGUUGCUAAUAGAUCUCUGGAUGGAGUGUCAUGCACUUGAAGACAGCAGAAUUGUUUUUGUUCUAUUUAAGAGGUGUCUUCCUGCCAGCCACCAAAUGAAAGUAGAAACACUGAAGCAGUAAGGCAUUAGUGCACAGCAGGAUGCAUGGAACAGGCUUGUUUCUUCACUUGGCACUUCUCAUCAGAUUUCUCUAAUAAGAGCAGAGGAAACUGGUGUCUGUUGCUUCAACAUGGAGCAGUUGCUGUUACAACUAAUAGAUGUGCUUCCUUUUUAUGUUGUGAAAUUCUGACUGUGAUAUCACUGCAUCAGUGGACAAGGGAAGAGCCACUCAUGUCAUCUAACUCGACUUCAUUGAGGCCUUUGACACGGUGCCCCACAAAACCCUUCUCUCCAAACUGGGGAGAUGUGGGUUUGAUGGGCAGAAUCUUCAAUGAAUGAAGAACUGGUGCAGGGUUGAGUCCAGAGGGUGGCAGUCAGUGUCCAGAUGGAGAUCAGUGAUGUCUCCCAAGGGUCGGUGCUGGGGCUGAUGCUCUUUAAUGUCUUCAUCAGUGACAUCAACUGUGGGGCUGAGGGCACCCUCAGCAAGUUUGCUGAUGACACCAAGCUGUGGGGUGUGUUCAGUACAGCACAGGGAGGGAAGGGAUGCUAUCAGAGGGGCGAGACAGGCUUGAGCAGUGGGCCCAGAUGAACCUCAGGAGGUUCAACAAAUCAAAUGUAAGAUCUGCACCUGGGUUGAGGUGACCCUCAUUACCAAUACAAGCUGGGGGGAUGAUGGCUUUAAGAGGUCCCUUCCAAAUCCAAGGAUUCUGUGGUUCUGUGAUUUUAUUCUUAAAUGUCUUGACAGCAUCCUUUCAGUAUGGUUUAAUAAAACCUUUAUCUUUUCCUCUUCACCAGCAAGCUGUGUUUUUGUUUUAAGUAAGAAAGUGGUCUAACGUGACCUGACAGCAGCUCCAUAUUUUUUUCUAAACAUGUCUGUAGACAGUAUUUCACAUGAAAAUAAAGAAGUUAGUCUUUGACUGCCUCUUUCAGGUGAGUAGCACAUGCUCGAUAGUCUUGCUAUCUUGAAAUACGAUGUGAAGUCAUUUGCAUUAGUUGUUGGCUUACUGAGAGAUGCCCUGGUGCCCUUCUGUAGCAAAGUGGGCAGUUCAAAUCCAGUAACAAGAAGAAGGGGAUGGGAGUGAUGAGCAUGCAUCAUGUAAGCCUUGCUCCUCCCUCCCCUGCAGUUUUGUAUCUUGCCAGUGUCUAAACAAUUUAUUAAAAUCCUCUUAUUUACUGUUAUUUCAGAGAUGUGAAAAUGAGGAAAGAGGUUUUUGUCUGUUUACAACUGAAGGCUGGAUCUCAGUAUCUCAGUGUGUAUCCAAAGGGGUGGGAAUGAAGAUUAAAGGUGUUGUGUUUUUCUUGGAUAACUUCUCCUUAAAGUCGUGGGGCGUAAAGGUGGUUUUCAGCUGGAACCAAAAUGGGGCAGAUAUUAAGAACACACAUUACUUGGUGUGUGUAUCUGAAAUGCAUUUUCUGCACUUGCAGCUGAACUGCUCAGCUGGAGUAGGAUUGUGUGUGAGUAAGCAUCCUGGCUUCAGUGAGAAAUUUGCAUUAGCAACAGUGAUAUUAAACAGUUUGUAUGCUCCUGCCUUCACUCCAGACACUUGCAGUUGUCUACUGUGAAAAAAGACUGCGAGAAAUGAGAUGCUUCCUAAUUAAAACUAAAUGUGUGUGCAAUGCGUGUAAUACAGAUGAUUAAUAUCAUGCCUGCAUCGUACAUUUUAGGGAAACAAUCUUUAAAGUGCGUGUUAGAAUAAAUGCCAUCUCUUUUCUGAGAGGCAUUAAACCUGUUGUUUAAUCUACGUGCAAUAAGGUAAAUCCUUACACAGUGACAAGCAGUUAGAAGUAAAGGAAUGGUGUUAUUGGUCACAAAAGCUGCUACCUGUGCCUUGCACAAAUGUCUUGGUUGAUAUGUUGCUUGUAAUAUCUGAACUGCUGCUGGCUAUGGGAGCUCCCAGCAAGUAGGAGAAAGCAGCAAACAGGUUUUUUUUCCAAAAGAAAUGAUUUGAAAUCCAAACCAUCAUUUAGGGGGGAAAAAAAAAAAGCAAAAAAAAAAAGCAUAAAGCAUUCAAAUCUGAAAAGUCUGUGAAAUGCUAGAUGAAUUUCAUUUUUAAAUCUUAAUUAAAAGAGCUUAGAGAUGACUCAAAACCAUCUCUUGGAGAUGUGGCAUCUUUGACCUCUUGCUCAGAAUAAAUGAAGCACCCUGUUUCUUGCCAGUCCUCAAUAAACCAUCAUCUGUGUUAUUAUUUUCUGAAAUGCAUUUCUAAACUACGCUUGCUAUAAGAAUCUCAUAAGGAUUUUGUUUCUUUCUAAGACUGCCUGGGUUACACGCACUUCCAGUGACUGUGCUGUGUUUGCACAGCCCUGUCCUGAGGCCAGGUUCUCAAAAACACUUCUUGUUUCCCUGCAGGUUCUGAGGGUCUUCCCCUUGUAGCUGGUGGUGGGCAGGCACAUGCAACGCCUCCCACAGUCUGUUUUGUUUUUCUUAAGAGCAGAUCUUUAAGAAGGAUCACUUGAUACUGCUUGAUUAUCUUGUUGUUUUUCAGCCACUGAGUGGCAGGAGCUGGAUGCGUUCAGCUGAGUGCUUUGCAUCCUUCCAGAGUUAGAUAGGGUAAUGUGUAAAGGACACAGUACAUCUUUGAGGCACGUCAUCAUCCCUGUGGUUGAGAAGACCUGAGUGUUCUGGGCUUUCUAAACAAUAUGCCGUGCAGUCAUUUUCAGCAUGCAUAGCUUAAUAUUUUACCUUGGCUCAUCUCAGUGUGCCAGAUUUUGUCGCUGGACUCUGUGACCUGUGGAAGCUGUAACAGCGCAGCUCUUCUCCUGCAGAACCUUUCAGCACCCUGUGCAAGUACUGUCAGUUUAGCUUUUUCUGAUCUACUGAAUCAACAGAGAGGCACGAUGAAACAUUUUAGUGAGAGCCUUCUGCUUUGGAAGGCACAGUUAGAGAUACAGCUACGUGCCUUGAGUCUCUGCGCUGCACAGAGCUCACUGUCACAGCUGUAGCUCAUCUCCUGCACUCUAGGAUUGAUUUUAGUACACUGGUGUCCAAACUAAUGGCUUGCCUGGGCUGCAGUGAGUGAAGGGCUGAUGUUUUGGUUGCUCGCCGGGGGUGAGCUGGGCUGGGAAGAGCUGCUGCCAUGAUGGCAGUGUCAGAGGGCAGGCUGCAUUACAUGGGCUGCAGGUUGGACGUGUCUGAUUUAAUGCAAUGAAAAGCCUUGGCUGAGUUCCAGGGCCUGUUUGGCUGCUGCAGCGUUGGCACUGACCAUGCUGCUUGGUCUGGCAAAGUUGACAGUGCUGGAAUUUUCAGGUACUUUGUGUGCCUUCUCUGUUGUAGAAGUUGGAAUGAGUGUUAUAAGUGAUAGUGCUGUUGUUGUCACUGAACCCAAGCCCUUUGCAGGACCACCAAAGCUGCUUCUGUCCUCUUUCAUUGAGGAGCAUUGAACUGAUUCAGGCAUCUGAGAAAGUGAAGUGUUGGAAGGUAGAAGGAACACAUAUUUAGAAAAGCUCAUCCAGUGUGUUUGUGGGCCUUCCUAACCCUGGCUGUACAGCAGCUGUGAGCUGUACAGCCCUGUCUGCCUGCACCAGGGCUGAGUGUUUGGCAGCAGCAGAGAAUUUUGUGGAAUUAGUGUUUCAAAAUAAGCUUGAAAAUUCAUGAGGUUGCAUUGAAGAAAUAUUGGGGGAGUGAAGACAGAAUGAUUAAAUGAAACAUUUUCAUUCUGAAAUAAUCAAUGUGCUGCUGUUAAAUCUGGCUGCUGUGAGAUUCUUGGUGCAGACAGGCUUUGUGAGUUUACCUUAGAGCUUGGAUUCAAAAUAAGUAGGAUGAUGGAGCUUGUUAUAUGGAGCUUAUUUAAAAUACCUCUGGCUUAGCAGAUAUUGUUUUAAUUUGAAGGAACAAGGCACUGUCAUCUUUUUUCAUGUGAAAAGUUACUGGUGUAUUUGGUCUCUGAGUUGAAGGUUUUGACUAGUAUAAAGUAAGGCUGGUCCUGCCAUACGAAGAGCACCAAGUGCGUUUGUUUGCUCCUUAAUGCAUUGAUACCAGCGAAGGCAUCGUGUCUUGUUCUGCUACUGGAUGUGAGAUUUAUUUAUCUUUCCCUUGCUUAGUCUAAAGCACCAGCUUUUGCUAAGAACGCUUCAGAGAUUCUGAGUGUUGGUAGCAGGUUCGAGUCCUAACUAGAAACAGUGCUAGGGUAUAAUUUGUGCAUAAAGAGGGCAGCCUAGUUUUCUUUAAGUAUACUUACUAAUAGCAGGAGCAUCCUUUGGAUUCCUCUGGAUAUGGCGACUGAAGUGGAAGGGAGGCUGACAGCAAGUCAGGGCAAAGCUUUGUGCAGUGGGUGGAAAGGGUACUUCUCACCAGACACAUUUGUGUGUGAACUUUAAUGUGACUUGCUGCUCAAGUUCUCCCAUGAGCCUCUUCAUUUCUGCAGUUUAUGUCUAGUAUUUUAAACUGUCAUUUGUGGAAGGAGGUGUUUUUUCUGCAAACAUGCAGAUCUAUGGCUACGUGGAUGAGAACUGUUUCUCUGCUAGUUUAUUUUACUCACUGAACUUGUUUAGAGAAAGCGUAAGUACCACUGAGCCCACUCAUUAGCAUUUGCUGAGGAGGGACCCUUCUGCCCCCUUUUGAUGCAGUGUUUUUGUAAUGCAAUUUACUUUCUGUACUUUCGGGCCUCUUUGGGGCUUAACCAUUUUUAUGGAAAGCUGGGUAACCUGUAGAGAAUCACAGCUGGACUCUUCAAACAAGCCAGUGUGCAUGCCACCUGCAUGGCAGGAGUCAGAGCAAGUCCAGGUCGGAGCUUACCUGUCUCAUUCUGCAAGUCCACAUGCCAUCCAUCCCCUUUGUGUUCUGCUCUUCUGCUGCUGCACUGCCUGCCCUCUCUGCCGGUCCCAUAAGGUGAAGAGAAGGAGAGGCUGCUGCAUGGAAUCUGUAAAGAUACUGAAAGAUAUGUUUGGUUGGAUUUGUUUUUUCCCCCCAUCCAGUAGACAGUUGGUCCCUGGAUGAAUUAGGGCUGUAAGGAACUUCUGAGCUUCGCUGUGAGCAAGGAGAAGCUUUAAAUAGCCACAGCAUUGCAUGUCCUAGCUUUUGCCAUCAACAUAGUGAAUAAGUACAGCUGCUUAUGGCGUCCUGCCCAGAGUGCUGCUGCAGGUAAGUGACAUAAAAGCCUCUUCAACUUUCAUUGUUACUUAACAUACACCUAGAAGUUUAAAACAUAUUACACUCCUAACAUCAUCGUAAGUUGAUGCAAAGAAUUAAAGAAUGAUGUAUUCGUGGCACAGAGAUGUAAUCAUUCCAGUGUCUUUGUGCUUUGUGAUUAGAAAUCCCUGUUUUAUAACUGCUGUUGGAUCAUCUGAUAGUUUUUCCUAUUCUAACAUUUCUGCAUUUGCUGCCUGUUCUUUUGCAGGCAAAUGUGUUUUUUUAAUACAUUGAGAGGAAAAUGCUGUCUUCAUAAAUUGACAUGCAGAUGAAAAGGAAAAACUGAAGAGGUAGAAACAACGCUGCUUCUUAUUUGAUGCAUUAUAAGUCAGCGGAAAGCUGACAACCAUUGGGGUGGAGUGAACUUUAGGAAUCUAUUUACAGAAGUAAAACUAGGAAACUACUUCUACAUUCAGUGCAGAAAGGGAUUUUAUGAUAUGGUUCAUGAUGUCAGGAAUAGAGGAAAUGUGUGUAACGUUUUGCCUGCAAGAGGCAGUGCUGCGCUUUGCAGUUGGUGUUUGGCUGUAUCCUUUGUAGGCACAACCAGCACCUGAUUCCAGUAGCAUUGUGCAGAUAAAUGUUUUGAAGGGUCCCGCAGUGCUCAACCAGAGCAGCAUUGCAUCCCCUGUCCUUUACUCAAUCAAACCCUGUCUCAUCCCCGGCUUGUUAGGCAUCCUGUAGCCCAGUGGGCGCAGCGUUAUUUAUGUUUUUAUGCUCUGGUCUGCUUCUCUCUCAGUUCCAUGCUCAGUGCUUGGCUUUAGUUAAUUACUGGCCUUCUGUCUGGACUGCUCUCUCUUGUGGUUAACCACAGGGAUUUGUCUCGUUGAUCUCUAAAAUGUGCUACAGGCUAUGAUGAGGAGUCUGUGUCACCUGAGGAACACAAAUGUCCUUUGCUCUGCUGCUUGGGUUUUCCUUGAGCAGUGGAGGAACUGGUUUCUGCUGGCAUUCAGCUACUGCUGGGCUCUGCUAAUCUGUAAUUCUCAAAAGAAGCCAGCUGGACUGCCCCACAGGGCUCUGCAAAAGCCUCUGCCUGGAGGCCGUGUCCCCACUGAAAGUAUUUGAUUCGAAUUAAAGAGAGGAUGUUGAUAAAAGCUGAAACUGUUGCAGGAUUGUACUUGGGCCACCGUCACUGCAAUAACACGGGGGAACGAGAUGGGAAGUUUAUCAUCAUGUAAGCAAAUAAGACUGCUUUGUGUCUCAGCUUAGGGGAGGAUGAAGCUGAAUGUUUUCUCCAGACCUUAGAAAGUGCAAAUGAUGCAACGCUGUCUCUUCUGUGUGGCUCUCCUCACCAUUUUCCAGUGUGCAGUGCACACAUGGCUAAGGCUUCUGACACUGAGAACCCAAAGUCAUAGAAUCAUAGGAUCGCUCAGGUUGGAAAAGACCUUCAAGGUCAUCGAGUCCAUCCACAACCCAACCAUCCUACCCCAACUCUAACAACCCUCAGCUAAAUCCUGUCCCUGAGCACCACAUCCAAACGGUUUUUAAACACAGUCAGGGAUGGAGACUCAACCACCUCCCUGCCAUAAUCCUGCCAUAGGGAAACAGUUUGAGUGCAAAGCUGCAUCUGGUCAACCCGGGCUGGUGGCAUUUGUCUCCUGGGGUUGUUGGCUCAUCACCUUCUGAAAAGUAGCACCAGUUGAAUACAUGUGGGUUAAUUUGCUUCCCAACAAGGGUUUGGUUUGGGAAUAGGCCAUAGAAACAUUGUAAAACUGUCAACUGAAAAGGAAGUAGCCUUUUUGUGUGGAAGUUACUUUCUCUCUUUGUGUGGUGCCUGUGUGUGUAUCAGUAAUGGCAUUUUUGUACUUUCCCACACCUUCCUAUGACUGCGUAUUUUAAGCACUGUGUAUUCAGAAUGGUCUGUGCUCAUCAGCUCUUUGAAUUCAGUACAUCUUCCAUCUUUCUCCUUUUCCUUUUCUAGUUUGCAAAACAGUGCUCACUAUGAAUUCAUUGGAAUGAAAAUUACAUGAAAGUAUGAAGCAGACAAGACCUUCCUUGCAACUCUUCCUCAAAUUUGACGUGUUCUGAAGUCCACUGUGUUUGUGCUUUGUUCCACCGCUGUGUGUAGCAGUGUGGUUGGCUCCUAUUAGCUCUGAUAUGCUGCCUGGGGCCUCAGCUAAGAUUUGAGCUGUGUUUGGAGGGAGAAAAGAAGUGUAUUAUGGUGAAUCUUACGAUGCAAAGCCCUUCCUGACUUUGUCAAGAUGAGGUGUUGCAGUGUGGCUGACAGAGAUGUCUUCAUAGUAGUGCUUGGUGGUGUGCUUUCACCAUGCCUGUGUUUUCACUUCAUCCCUUCCAGCUGUUCCUCUCAUUUCCCAAAUGGUUUUGCAGGAGACGUUUCCUGGCCUAUCAACUGUCCUUAGCCAAACGAUUUCCUUUCUUUGCAUUUUAGUUUCCCCAGUAAUAAAAUGGAGAUAAAGAGACCUGCUUUCUUUUGUCAAGCACUCAGUCGUGUGCUUAUGAAAUGUGCUAUUUGAAGAUUUUUUAUUUAUAACCUCUAUACAAAUAGCCCAAGUUUGUUUGAAUUACUUUAUUGAAGUCUGAGGUUCUGAACAUCCUUUGUUUUUGACAAGGUAUGUUAUUGAUGGCAGUAAAAAUGCUCAGAAUAUGAAGCUAUUGACUGCUGUUUAUGGGUAUUAAAGCAUUAAAUGUAAUUACUGCCUAUUAUCAGUUAUUCCAGCAUCUUUGGAAUCUGAAAGUGGUUUUCCACAGAUAGCUCUCUUGGUUACCUAAGGAUGGUCCAUUAAAGGAUUUUCAGCAGAGGCUUUUAUUGCUUCCUGGUUAAAAUGUUUUUUCCAUAUACUCUGUCCACGAUGACUUCAGCUUUAGGAGGAGCUAAUAACAACCCCUUUGUGAGGUAACUGGAUUGCACAGAGAAAUUCAGGCCACAUGUUGAGGUAUGUGCUGCCAGUUUGAGUUGUAAUUCGCCUUCAUCACCCCACUGUUCUGCCUUACAUUGGGACGGUUCCUCACUUGACCCUGGUGCUACAGCUCUGAAAUAGCUCAGAGUAUUUCCUUGAACAUAGCAUUCCCUUGCCCUCUGACAGCACAGCACACAGCUGGUCUCUCUGCAUGGCUCGGUGGCAGCUUUCCUUUUGUUUUGCAGACAGUUUCCAUCCUGGAGCAGAGGUUGACCCUCACGGAGAACAAGCUGAAGGAGUUUCUGGAGAACCAGCAGAAAAUAAUUCAGAACAAAGAGAAUUGAGUUUGUGAAAGAGGAGC